AUGGCUGCUUCAAGUGGACAGCCGAAAUUACCAUCAGAACCGCUAGGUGUUCGUGCAAGUGUUGUUGGGAGUCGUUUUGUGGUUCUGACUUGGGAUCCUCCUGUGCAGCACCAUGGUGCUGUUUUAGCUUAUCACAUUUUCUAUAAGGAGCAAGAUUCUUCAAGGGAACGGAUGCUGAACUCGUCAGCGACAUCGUUCACGGUGACUCCGUUACAGCCGAAUACUACCUACGUUUUCCGGUUGGUUGCCGAAAAUGAAGCGGGUAUGGGGAAGUCAAGUACACGUAUUCUUAUUACGACGACAGAGGAAAAGGUUUCUUAUUUUACGGGUCACUCUUUUUGGUAA